CCUUCUCCUCCUCCUCCUCUGCCAUCUUAGUCCUCAGCAGCUUCUUCCUCCCAGAGCCUGAGGAAACAGGGGUUCAAUCCUUCCUCACUUUUUCUUUCUUCUUCCUUACCACACCUAUCUCUCCAUUCCUGCCUUCAGGCCCCCUAUGGUCGCCAGGCCCAUAUCAUCAUCAUCAUCAUCAUCAUCAUCAUCAUCAUCAUCAUCAUUAUCAUCAGUUUAUUUAUUUAAAUUUAUUAGCUGUCCAACUCCUGUGGUCUCUGGCUGGUUCACCCAACUCAGAAAGAGAAAGAGUGAAAAAAAAAAUAUUUGCACAUCUUUUUCCCCCUCAGCGGUGCCAUUUUCCCGCCAUUUUUCCCCCCUGACGUCCAUCUUGGCUCCUUCCCCUCCUGGACGGCCCUUCGUCUUCCUCCUUGGUCACUUCAGUUGUAGACUUUCCCCUCAGAAAGGGAAGCAAAACCAGGUGCUGAUAUCUAGAAAUAAAAACAUGAAGAGGAAUUUCGCUGACAGUUCCUUGAUGCGUAGUACAGCAGGCUGUCUUCCAGUCCCGCUCUUUAAUCAGAAAAAAAGGACCAAACAACCACUCACAUCAAAUCCACUUAAAAAUGAGCCAAGCAGUAACAAUUCAGCUGAUCAUUUCAAUUUCUCAGCCUUGCUUGCAGAUUUCGGAUGGGAAACUGAGAAGCCAGAACCGAUCCAACUGCAGAAAACAGUAGGCACCAACCCAACAGAGCUUGCUAGCCCAUCUGCUUUGUCAAAGCAACAACACACAUCAAAGCCAACAAUGCCUCAUGCAGGAAGCAACUUGAAUAACCGGAGGCAGGAGGAAAGUACUAAUGUUUGGAAAAGAAAUGACUUCCCAGCUUUCGGCCACAGAACAGAGAACAAAAAGCUUUCGGAACUGGAUGUCCAUCCCAGUCAUUGGAUGAAGCCAGGAGCCAUGUACCAGAAACCAGCUGGCCUGCCACAGGCAUCGCAGAGAAGCAGAAGAGAAGAGGCAGAAGAUUGGGAUCCGGCUGUUUCCCAGUGGCCUGCUGUUCCAACCGCCAGGCUGAGAAAUCUGCCGACUCAGGAGCCCUCCUACACAUUUAAACACAGCCCUGGCCCACAAAACACCCACAAGGAAAAAGCUGACCAUUUGCAAAGCAACAAAACGAUUCAGAAAAGGCCAGUGGGCCAAUCUAAAGCGAAGGAAAAAGAGAAUUCUCUCCGAAUUUUAUCUGCUGUCAUCGAAAGCAUGAAGCACUGGAGUCAAUAUUCUAACAAAACUCCCCUGUUAUUUGAGGUACUGGGUGUUCUGGACUCUGCUGUUACCCCUGGACAAUUCAGGUCAAAAACUUUCCUUUUGAGAGAUGGAAAAGAAACCGUGACGUGCAUAUUUUACGAGAUUGAUCGCGAGCUACCGAGAUUAAUCAGAGGCCGCGUCCACAGAUGCAUGGGGAAUUACGAUGCAAAGCACAAGAUGUUCAAAUGUGUUUCCGUGAGGCCAGCAACAGCUGCUGAACAGCAAACUUUCCAGGGUUUUGUUAAGGCCGCUGAUGUGGAGAUGUGCCGAUUUGUGAAAACAAGCAACGAAAUUUAAACCUCUUUGAUGCAGCUCAGGAAUCUUUGAAGAAACAUGUCACUUUUUCUUGUGCCUGUGUCUCUUCCGCUGGAUGUUGUAACCCAAAAAAGGGAAGUCGUGCUAGAAACCCUAUUUAUUUGUCAUUGCUCGCGCGAAAGCACUGCCAGCGUCAAUUGCAAAUGGUUUUUUUAAAAAUAAAAUAACCGCAGUUCGUUUUUAAUAUUUUAA